GCCUAAAGGGUCAAAAAGAUGAAUGGAGAAGGAAACCCAGACCGAACUUUGAAAUGUUUUGACACAUCCAUGCAUGGGAUGUGUCAAACACACCUGUGUCUAUGUUAAGAAGGCGGACCUGUCAUGGAAAGGCAGGAAUAAACUUAAUGACAUAAAACCUGUAAGUUUUUUAAAGUUUUGAAUCAAUCAAGAAUUGAUUAUUACUAUUGAAAUUCAGAUCUUCAACUUGUCCGUCAGUUUAUGGAGGGAUGAAAGCUGUGGAGUUUCUGCAUUUAUUUAGGAUCUGAGGCCAGAAAUGUAGUUUUUAAUUUGAGACCCUGUGGACUGAAACUCCGAUGUAACCCGGGUUAUUUAUAGCGCGUUUCCACUAAAUCCGAAGGGGACGCUUUGGAUACGGGUCGCACUGCCCUCCUGGGGGCUUUUCUCUGCCCCGCGUGGCCGCCGCUGUCUGUCGGCUUUGGGGCUACAUGAGGAGGAGCGCGCGCGCGCUGGUAGGUCCAUGAGGUCACGCGCUCAACUCAUUUAUGCAGCAGUCUGACUGGUUUACUUUGGAUGAUGCAUGGUUUUUCCCGCCGCCAGGUCCCAGCCUGCCUCUGUGGUGCAGCUCGUGCACAUGUCACGCCAGGGCUCCGUGCACGUCCCACCUGCGGCGGGAGGAGCGGCGCGCGCCCUGCAGGAAGCUCAGGUGAGGGAUGCUCCUCCUCUCUGCUCCUCUGGGAGUCCGCGGCUGAGUUUUUGUAAACACGGGAUGAGGAGCUGAUGAGCCGACCUCAUCCUCACUGUGUGACGUGGGACCCGGUCUCAGAAGCCCCGCCUCCCUCUGUGUGUGACGCCCACGCUGAAGCGGCGGCUAUAAAAAGCCCGGGCUUUCUGAGGAUGGAGCCAGACAGACACUGACCACGCAGGCGAGAGGCCCAGACGAAGCUGCUGCUGACUCUCCUAUCGGCCGUUUCCAUAGCAACCCCCGCAUCAGUUCAGCCCAAUUAAGUCAUCCCUUGUCCUCAUUUCUUUGGAUCUAAAGGAAGAAGAUGGAUUUGGAUCAGAUUUCUGAAAACCAGCCGGGCUGUUGACUUGUUUGUCGUCUCCGUUUACCCCACCUCUCACCCGAGUGACCAUGGUGUCCCACAGAUCCACCAAGGGAGCGUCCAAAGCCCGGCGAGACCACAUCAACCAUGAGAUCAGGAAUAUGCGCGCUCUGCUCCCCAUUUCCCAGGAGGACCAGGAGCGUCUGUCCUACCUUCACUCCAUGGCUGCCAUCUGUACCUACAUCAGGAAGUCUGGUCUCUUCCAGGGGCUCCCCUCUGGGGGGGAGGCGCACUGCUCCCUGCCGUGUGAGGCCUUUUUGGCGGCGCUGCCUGGCUUCAUCUUGGUCACGACCGCUGAAGGCCGGCUGGUGUGCGUGUCGGAGAACGUGGACGAACAUCUGGGUUUCUCCAUGCUUGACCUGCUGCAGGGAGACACAAUCUACGACAUGGUGGAGCGCUCCGAUGUGGAGGCUGUCCAGGCACACCUGGAUGUUGGAAGCAGCUCAUCAGCAGAGAGGAGCUUCGUUUGCUGCAUGCAGACCUCCAAGGCCUUCAAGGUGCAGCACGGCAGCUGCUGCUCCAUGCUGGUCAGAGGGAGCUUCCAGCUCCUCCCUCCAUCUGUAGCUUUUCCUGGCGGCGAGCUGCUCUUCGUGGCGCUCUGCACUCCCACGGUGAACCGUCUGAGCGGCGCGGCGUCUCAGUCCUGCAGCAGCUUCAGCAGCUCUCACAGGCUGGACAUGAGCUUCGCUCAGCUGUCCCACAGUGUGCUUUUCUUUCUGGGGCGUUCGGCGGAUGAGAUGAGGGGCCAAUCAUGGUACAGUCUGAUGCAUCCUGAAGAUCUGUCCCCUGCAGCAAACUCCCACACUAAACUGAUUCAGGCAGAUGAAGGCCUCCAGGUGGAGGUGGUGGUGAGGCUCCAGUGCGCCGACCUGUCCUGGAUCUGGGUCUACAUCCGAGCCAACAGGGACCCCGAGAACCAGCAGAUCAGCUGCUCCAACUUCAUCGUCAGUCCAACAGAAGCAACGUUCCUGCAGAAGAAAAUCAGCUGUGAUGCCGUCGGGUCGUCAUCGUCGCCAAAUUCCUUUGAUUUGACCCAAAAUGGACCUCAUGGAGAAAGACACAGGACGAAGAGGCAGAGCGCCACAGACGAGCCGGACGCCAGAGCGAGGUGGGAGUCGGAGCAGGACAUGUACUGCAUGCUGUGCACCUCCUCCCAGGACAGCAGCUCCUCAGAGAGCCCAGUUCUCUACAGCCCCGCCUCCUCCAGCUCCCCUCUGCAGCUGGGGGAGCUCCACCGCGACCUCCUGAUGGAGGCUCAUGAAUGCACAGAUCAGCUGCUGUCCUCCCCAGAGGGCUCCGCCUCCUUCUACUCUCACCCAGACGCACGGCUCAGCAGUCACCAGUCGCCGACCGCCUUUGACCCGCCUACUUUUGGAGAACGCUCGCCGCUCUCCUCAGCCUCAUCCUCGCUUUACGGUUUCCAGCCGUGCACGUCCGACGCCCGGUUAGUUCCAGACUGUCUGUUUGUGUCUGAGAUGUGCGAGAGUCCGGCAGAAAGUGCAUCCCUGCAUCCGCAUGAGCUGGACCUCCUGGAGAAUCCACAAGGGGGCAGUGUUGUCCUGCAGGAGUUGACUUUUCCCUCCAGUCUUCUUCCUCCGCUCCAGUCUGCGGAGUCAGAUCAGUAUGAUGAGCAGGAGCGAGCAGAGAUCAGCGUUCUUGCUCAGCAGAUCUCCUCUCUGGCCAGCAGCUUCAGCCGGCACCAGAACGCCGUCACGCCGCCGUCCGCCUGCGACUGGCACCCCGGCCGGCCUCCCCCCUCGCCCCUGCUUCCGAGGUGCGAGCUGCUAAGUGAUGACAGCCUUGUUGACAGCAUCCUCGACAUGGUUCCUGUGAAAAACGGCUGCCACGGCGCCAUCUCCAGACACCCGCUCUGCUCACUGAGCCGGUGCACCGGGCCGGAGGCGCUGAGGGUUCCUGCAGAGCAGCUCACCUCUGGGGGGGCCGCCAAGGACCCUCUAGGUUUUCACCAAGACACUGAGUUGCAUCAACUCAACCACUGUUUGCAGAGUCGCUUCCAUCAAGCAGGUGGACCUGCAGGAGAAACCUUGUUCUGAAAUAAGUCUGUGACUUACUGUGCCGCCACUCGUAUGACAUAUUGUCAGGAGAGUUAUGCUGGAUUCUAGAAGGAGAUGAAGCCCAGAGGAAGGGAUGGCUGAAAGUAGAGACUCCAGACCCAUUCGGUGUUCCUUCUACGCCUUUGCUGACGUCAAAUGAAAGAUAAAUGAGAUGAAGCUAUAUUAUUUUCAGUAUUAGUGUCAACGAUUUGGAGCACUUUAUCAAAGUUCUACUGCAAAAAAAAGAUGCCUGAAAAUGAUCAACUGGAGAAACUUUGACCUAAGAGUUUUUUGGUGCCUUAAAACCUUAAAUGAAGACUUUUUCUUUGCUACUUUCAUUUGAUGAUUUGUUAGUGAUAAAGGUGGAAGCAUGAGUCAGCGAUAAGACAAAUGAUUGUACAAUUAUCUACCUCAGUGCUAAAACCGAAUCUCUACGUCUGAAUUGAAUUCAAUAUUUUAUUUAUUUGAACACAUUGACGUCCAUCGCUGCAACAUGUGAUGCUAUUCGGUGUCCUCAUUGGUACGGAAACACGCGUCUGCUUUUUCUGUUCUUUUAUUGUAAAUAAUCAAUAAAUUUUGUCUUGAUAUACAUUUUU